AUGUCGUCGCAAAUGACUCGCUCAACAGUCGUGAUCUGCAUCGUAAACGGGAGGGAACACGGGUCUGGAAAAGAGAUAGCAAUCGUAUGGUGGGUUACGAAAGCCGGACCAGCAAGGUCAGAUCCACAGCCACUCGAACACCAUAUAGCCCCGCAGGGGUUUUGUCAACGACCGUUGUUGCAGGUGCUAGGAUCCUUUGCCCCGCCUUCAACAUGGCCUGACUCCCAACGGUAUCAGGUCAAAGUUCAAGUCCAAGCAUUUGCUAACCCAUUUGAUAUAUGUCCCGUUGGGUGUGGCUGCGAUUGUGCAUUCGUCCAGAGCCUCGGCACUCUCCACGAUCAGCACCAAUUCAGCUACUUUCAGUUUCAACCCUCCUGA